AUGCAUUUCAUUCACGUGUUGCUGCCGCUGGUGGCUUCUGUGGCUGCGCUGCAGAGCCCCCAUCGAAAGGCCGCAGCCAUCCAGCCCUCCAAAAACGUCUUCAAGAGGAGCGCUCCCGUUGCUCCCACAGAGCCGCAAUAUUUGACCAACCUGACAAGGAGUAUGUGCUUUGGCCUGGAAAUGGCAUUCGCGCGGCUAACAAAGUUGAAGAAUUCCGCGUCGAUGGAAGCCCAUUUCCCGCAAGUUCCCUUCGACAUUGGCGAGAGCUACGCGGGACUUCUGCCCAAUACGCCGCAUGGGAAUUCCAGUCUUUUCUUCUGGUUCUUCCCCUCGACGAACCCGGCGGCGGAUAAGGAGAUUACGAUCUGGCUGAACGGCGGCCCCGGCUGCAGUUCAUUGGAUGGUCUGCUCCAGGAAAACGGCCCGUUCCUGUGGCAAUCAGGCACAUACGAGCCCGUGCGGAAUCCGUACUCAUGGACCAACCUGACCAAUGUCGUGUACAUUGACCAGCCCGCGGGGACGGGAUUAUCCCCAGGGCCUGCCACCGUGCAGAACGAGAUCGAUGUAGCUAACCAGUUCAACGAUUUCUGGAAGAACUUCAUCAAAACAUUUGGGAUGCAGGGCUACAAGGUCUACAUCACCGGAGAAAGCUACGCGGGACAAUACAUCCCGUAUAUCGCAUCGGGGAUGUUAGAUCGAAACGAGACCACCCACUACAAUCUGAAAGGGAUUCAAAUCAACGACCCUUCGAUCAACGAAGACAGUGUAAUGAUAUACGCUCCGGCCGUGGCAGCCCUGAACUACUUUUCUCGCGUCUUUUCGUUGAAUGACACCUUCACGGCGGAGAUCAACAAGAAAGCCGACCAGUGCGGGUACACCAAGUUCUUGGACGAUGGCUGUGACGUGUGGGACCAAAUCGUCAAGGCCGCCACCUACAUCAACCCAUGCUUCAACAUCUAUCAUCUCACUGACUUCUGUCCCUUCUUAUGGGACGAGAUGGGAUUCCCCUCCCUGGCAGGCGGUCCAAACGACUACUUCAAUCAGUCUGCGGUCCAAAAAGCCCUCCACGUGCCUCCCACCAACUAUGCAGCGUGCACCAAUGGAGUCUUCCCCGAGGGAGAUGGGUCCGUCCCCAGUGCCCUCGGCCCUCUUCCCAGUGUGAUCGACCGUACGCGGAAUGUGAUCAUCGGACACGGGUGGUACGAUUAUCUGCUCUUCAUGAACGGUAGUUUGGCGACCAUCCAGAACAUGACGUGGGGCGGAGCACAGGGAUUCCAGAAACCACCGGUUGAGCAUCUUUUCGUGCCAUACACGGCCGCAUUGGAUGCAGACGCCAAUGGAGAAGCCCAGGCUCCCUACACAGCGGACGCCGGUGCUGGCAUUUUGGGCACAGCACACACCGAGCGAGGGUUGACAUUCAGCACUGUCUACGGCUCUGGACACGAAAUCCCCCAGUACGUCCCAGGUGCCGCCUACCGCCAAUUGGAGUUCCUGCUCGGUCGAAUCAAGAGCCUUCAGCAAAAGGGGUCCUUCACUACACUGUAA